AUGACGCAGCGCCGUGCGUGCGGCGCCCACUUCCGGCCCGCCGCCCGCCGCAGUGACAGGCAGCAGUCAGAGCGCGGCGCGGGCACAGCGGGACCGCCGCCCCCCGCCGCCGCCAUGAACGGCAAAGGGCAGUACCCCACGCAGCCCUCCUACCCCGUGCAGAGCGCUGCCAACCCCCCCGUGUACCCACAGACUGUGCCCCUCCCGCAGCCCCCGCCGUACACCGACGCUCCUCCUGCGUACUCCGAGCUCUACCGUCCCAGCUUCGUCCCUCUGGGGGCUGCCACCGUCCCCACCAUGUCGGCAGCGUAUCCGGGUGCCUCCGUCUUCCUGCCCGUGGCCCAAUCCGUGGCCGUGGGGCCCAUCGGUUCCUCCGUCCCCAUGGCCUAUUACCCCGUGGGACCCGUCUACCCGCCGGGCUCCACCGUGCUGGUGGAAGGUGGCUUUGAUGCUGGAGCGAGGUUUGGGGCUGGAGGAACCGCCAGCAUCCCUCCCCCCCCUCCCGGCUGCCCCCCCAACGCAGCACAGCUGGCCGUCAUGCAGGGAGCCAACGUUCUGGUGACGCAGAGGAAGGGCAACUUCUUCCUGGGAGGCUCAGACGGUGGCUACACUAUCUGGUGAAGAAGGAAAG